AUGCGUUUGGCACUGUCUACUACUUUGUUGAUCUUUUCUCUCUUAUUGAUAACUACCACGGCUCAUCCUUCUGGUCAUCCAAGACGUCGACAUGCAAAUAGACAACGGAGAAGUCGAGUUCAACUUUCAACUUCAACUAUAAAUACUCCCACGACAGCCAUUACAACUCCUCAAAAUGGAAUCACAAAUGACAACACCACUGAACCGACUGCUUUGGGUCUUUGGACCCCUUCAUCCGCUUCUGUUGCUGGUACCUCGAAUGCCAAUGCUGCUGCUGCUGCUGCUCCUCAAGCUUCCGCCUCUGCUUCCGCUUUAGGUUUGUUCACCCCUCCGUCCGAAGAUGAAGGUACCCCCGACUCCGAAGCUGGCUCAGAGGGAUACGGAGGUUGGGGUGGCGGAGGUGGUGGUGGUGGAGGUAAGAAAGGUGGAUGGGGUGGUGGAUCAUGGAGAGGUGGCGGUUGGGGCGGUGUACAAUCACAACAGCAAUCGCAACCUUCAUCUGCUCCAGUUGCUAGUGAUAUGGGUGUUGACAUCUCAGCAGGAGUCGAUGUGAGUAUAUUGAAAGCUGGUGGAGGCGCUGGUUAUGGUGGAUAUGAUGCGCAAUCUACUGCUCCUGCAUCACAGCCAUACGCAUAUCAACCUCCUGAGAGUCAACCGUACUCCGAAGCACCAGUACCUUCCAUCUCAUCACCUUCUUACGUCGCCCCGCCAGCUACUACGAGCUAUGAGAGACCUCCAAUCUAUUCGAGCAAUUACAUAGAAGUUACAGAAUGGUACACUCCUUCUACGCCAGGCACAUCUUCAUACCAAGCUCCAGCCUUGUCCGGUCAGACCGACGAGGGUGCCAUCCCAACUUCUCAAAUGUACUCUCCACCACCAGUCGCUGGUACACCUACACCUACUCUUCCAAACUCGCCUUCAGCUGCAAAUACAGGAUAUUCAUCAUCCACAGCUGGAGGAUACUCUUCAAACGCCGUGGUAACCUCGGGUGGACGGGUUGUUCACACAUCGUCAUGGAAAUCUUCCUGGACAAAUUCUUGGUCCAACGCUCCGUCGACCACCUCUCAAGCUCCCGUAGCUACAAGUGCACCGCAAGAUGAUGAUCAGAGGAAAUUUGUGGAUUGUCAUAAUCAAUGGAGAAAUCAAUAUGGCGCAGGAAACGUCUCGUGGGGUGAUGAAUUGGCAAGUUACGCUAAUACCCAUGCGAGCGUUUGUGCUUCUAUGACACAUACUAAUGGACCAUACGGUGAGAACCUAGCAGCAGGUACAGAUGGGUUUAUGGAUAUCAUCAGCUCGAUUGGAAUGUGGAUGGAUGAAGCUUCUGACUAUGAUGCAAGUAAUCCGACUUAUAGUCAUUUCACACAGGUUGUUUGGAAAGAGACUACUACUAUUGGAUGUGCAGCUAUAAACUGUGGUGCCAACACCGGUAUGGCAGGCCAAAUAUAUAUCAUGUGCGAAUAUCACCCAAGGGGUAAUGUCAUAGGUGCAUUCGCCCAAAAUGUCGGUAAGAAAUAA